UGGAGUCCUGGAGGUGAUCCGGCUACGAGGUUUGUGCGUAAAGCCCCCUGGAACGGGCUGUGGAGUUUCCCUCUCUGGGCACAGCCAGACCCGCCCGGACACGUUCCUGUGUGACCUGCCCUUGGUGGCCCUGCCUUGGCAGGGGUUGGGCUGGAUCAUCUCCAGAGGGCCCUUCCAGCCCUAGUGGCUGUGAUGCUGUGAAAGGGCUCCAUCCGGAUUGCUCACAGCUGCAGUGGUUGCAGUCGCUGUGGCGGUGCUCACAGGGCACUCACCUGUGCAAGUAGCUGUGAUGCAUCACCGAGCGUUACAAGUGCAAGCUUUGGCAUGGCUCCAGCCAAAGACACAGCAGCAUUGAAAACGGCAGUCAAAAAGCCUGGAAUGGGCAGAAAUAUCUCAUUUACUCCAGACAAAUUGUGGUCUAAUGAAGCAUCGCUGUCAUUAACAUCAACAAGUUUUAUUAAGAGUAUCAUUUGCAAGCCAGCUAUGUGCAGAGUUGGGCAUUCACCUCGGUGGAUCCAUUUUUAGCGUCAAUAUUUGAUGGAUUUAAACUCCAAAGCUAUAAUGUGGAGCAAACUUCAAUGCAGAAAACAGUUCAGCGUAAGGGGCAAAGCAGUCGAUGUCGUCUACCUGGACUUGUGCAAAGCAUUCGACACUGCCACUUAAUACAUUAGCAUUAUUCCUGAGGGCUCGAUGAGCACCAUGCGGCACCGAAGAAAUGGCAACUUUGAGAGCUCCAGACUCCUUUAUUCCAGUAUGUCCCGCAGCAUCGAUGUGUCCUGCAGUGACGCUGAUUUGGUCAGCUUCAUCCAAGAGAACUUCAAGAAGAGAGAAUGUGUCUUUUUUACAAAAGACACCAAGUCGAUGGGUAACUUAUGUAAAUGUGGCUACCCUGAAAAUCAGCACAUAGAGGGCACUCAGAUUAAUACGAAUGAAAAAUGGAACUACAAGAAGCACACUAAGGAGCUUCCUACCGAUGCCUUUGGGGACAUUCAGUUUGAAAACAUGGGAAAAAGAGGAAAGUACAUCCGCUUGUCAUGCGACACAGACUCUGAAACACUCUAUGAUCUCAUGACCCAGCACUGGCACCUGAAGACCCCAAACCUUGUCAUCUCUGUCACUGGGGGCGCGAAGAACUUUGCCCUCAAGCCCCGGAUGCGCAAGAUAUUCAGCAGGCUCAUCUACAUCGCCCAGUCCAAAGGGGCCUGGAUUUUCACAGGAGGCACGCAUUACGGGCUGAUGAGGUACAUUGGGGAAGUGGUCAGAGACAACACCAUCAGUCGGAGCUCAGAGGAGAACGUGGUGGCUAUUGGCAUAGCAGCCUGGGGCAUGAUUUCCAACCGGGAAAGUCUGAUCCGCAGUGGUGAUACUGAUGAGUACUACUUGGCGCACUACAUAAUGGAUGAUCUCAAGAGAGACCCUCUCUAUUGCCUGGAUAAUAAUCACACCCACCUCUUGCUGGUUGAUAACGGCACCCAUGGACACCCAGCGAUAGAGGCCAAAGUACGAACUCAGUUAGAGAAGUACAUUUCGGAGCGGAUUAUCCCAGAAUCUAAUUAUGGUGGGAAGAUCCCAAUCGUGUGUUUUGCCCAAGGUGGAGGGAAGGAGACCUUGAAAUCUAUCAAUGUGGCCAUCAAGAGUAAGAUUCCCUGUGUCGUGGUGGAAGGCUCUGGUCGGAUUGCUGAUGUUAUUGCUAGCCUGAUGGAGGCAGAAGGCACUCUUGCUUCUUCAUGCGUCAAGGAGAGCUUGCUCAGGUAUCUGCCUCGCACCAUUUCAAGGCUCUCAGAAGAGGAGACUGAAAGCUGGAUCAAAUGGAUCAAAGAAGUCCUUGAGAACCCUCAUUUAUUGACAGUUAUCAAAAUAGAAGAGGCUGGAGAUGAAAUUGUGAGCAAUGCCAUUUCUUUUGCUCUCUACAAAGCUUUCAGCACCAAUGAACAUGACAGGGAUAACUGGAAUGGGCAGCUGAAGCUGCUGCUGGAGUGGAACCAGUUGGACCUGGCCAGUGAUGAGAUCUUCACCAAUGACCGAAACUGGGAGGUACGGGCCACUUCUGUCUCACUCUGUCAUGUCAGAGGCAUGGGACAGGGGAGCAGGGGGAAGAGGAACAUUGUAACAGCAGCCACUAUCGCAGCACCCUCUGAGGUUGAUAAGUACAAGUGUCUAUUCCUCCUUGCACUGACAUCACUGAUUGCAAAAGUUAUCUGCCCAUUGCCAGAAGUACUUGAGGCCACCCAACAAAGGCAAUUUCAUACAGAAAAAACUGAUGAAAAUGUGGCAGCAAGAAGGAGAACGUGGCAGUCUGCUGACCUUCAGGAUGUCAUGUUCACAGCCUUAGUGAAAGACAGGCCCAAAUUUGUCCGACUCUUCCUGGAAAAUGGCUUGGAUCUGAGGAAGUUCCUAACCACAGAGGUCCUUCGAGAGCUGUACACCAACAACUUCAGCAGCCUGGUGUUCAAGAACCUGCAGAUCGCAAAGAACUCCUAUAACGAUGCGCUCCUCACGUUUGUGUGGAAGAUGGUUGAAGACUUCCGAAGAGGUCUCAAAAGAGAUGACAAAAAUAGCAAGGAUGAGAUGGAAAUACAGCUUUCAGAUGAGUGUCCUAUCACAAGGCACCCAUUGCAAGCUCUGUUUAUUUGGUCAGUUCUUCAGAACAAGAAAGAGUUGUCUAAAGUCAUUUGGGAGCAAACCAGAGGCUGCACUUUGGCAGCCCUCGGGGCCAGUAAGCUCCUCAAAAGCAUGGCAAAGGUGAAGAAUGAUAUAAAUGCUGCUGGGGAGUCUGAGGAACUUGCUAACGAGUAUGAGACAAGAGCAGUAGAGUUGUUCACUGAGUGCUACAGCAAUGAUGAAGAUCUAGCUGAGCAGCUGAUGACUUACUCCUGUGAAGCCUGGGGAGGGAGCAAUUGUCUGGAACUAGCAGUGGAAGCUAGAGACCAGCAGUUCAUCGCACAGCCAGGAGUGCAGAAUUUCCUUUCCAAGCAGUGGUAUGGAGAGAUUUCAAGAGAUACUAAUAACUGGAAGAUCAUACUGUGUCUGUUCUUUUUCCCUUUAAUAGGCUGUGGCUUCAUCUCAUUCAGGAAAAAGCCUGUGGAGAAGAGUAAGAAACUCUUCCUGUAUUACGUGUCUUUCUUCACCUCCCCCUUUGUGGUCUUCUCCUGGAAUGUCAUCUUCUACAUCGCCUUCCUGUUACUCUUUGCCUACGUGUUGCUUAUGGAUUUCCAGAAGGAACCUACUGUCCUGGAGAUCAUCCUUUAUGUCCUGGUCUUCAUUCUGCUUUGUGAUGAAGUGAGACAAUGGUACAUGAAUGGCAGUAAGUAUUUCUCAGAUCUGUGGAAUGUUAUGGAUACACUAGCAAUCUUCUACUUCAUCGCAGGGAUUGUGUUCAGGCUGCACUCAUCCGAUGAAAGCUCUUGGUAUUCUGGGAGAGUCAUUUUCUGUUUGGACUACAUAGUUUUUACUCUGAGGCUGGUCCAUAUUUUCACAGUUAGCAGGAAUCUAGGACCCAAAAUCAUUAUGCUGCAGAGGAUGAUGAUAGACGUCUUCUUCUUCCUCUUCCUCUUUGCUGUGUGGAUGGUGGCCUUUGGGGUGGCCAGACAAGGGAUCCUGAGAAAGAACGAGCACCGCUGGGAGUGGAUAUUUCGAUCUGUCAUCUAUGAGCCGUACCUGGCUAUGUUUGGCCAGUACCCUGAUGAUGUUGACGGUACCACCUACAACUUUGACCGCUGCACGUUUUCUGGGAAUGAGUCCAAGCCCUUGUGCGUGGAGCUGGAUGCCAACAACCAACCCCGCUUCCCGGAGUGGAUUACCAUUCCCCUGGUCUGCAUUUACAUGCUCUCAACUAACAUCCUCCUUGUGAACCUGCUUGUGGCCAUGUUUGGUUACACUGUUGGAUCAGUACAAGAGAACAACGACCAGGUAUGGAAGUUCCAGCGUUACUUCUUGGUCCAAGAAUACUGCAGUCGCUUGACUAUCCCCUUCCCUUUCGUCAUCUUUGCCUACAUAUACAUGGUGAUGAGGACGUGUUUCAAAAUCUGCUGUAAGAAAGAAAGUAAAGAGCCAUUUAUUUGCUGCUCAAAAAACGAGGACAACGAAAUUCUGGCAUGGGAAGCUGUCAUGAAGGAAAAUUACCUUGUCAAAAUCAAUACCAAAGCAAAUGAUUCAUCAGAAGAGAUGGUGCAUCGAUUUAGACAACUGGAUGCAAAGCUCUCUGAUUUGAAAGGCCUUCUGAAAGAGAUUGCCAGCAAAAUCAAAUGAAGGCAGCUGAAACCCAAGAGCACCUACCUGAGCAGGGUACAGCUUCAUCAAGACCAAUUCCUCUGGGCUGGCAGUAGCCACCAAGCCAACGGUAACUGACCCACCAGAGCAUCAAUGUCUCAGCAGGAGUUACUGGGAUUUCUUCUUUGGUUUCAUUUUUUUGAUCAAACAGCCCUUUCCGCUUGUUGCAAGAUGAUGAUAAAACAUGAAGAUGACUGUUUAUCUCCUGGCAGGGCUCCCAUUCUGCCCAAGCUCUCCUUUUUCCUCCUUUCCCCUGAUGUUCAAUGGCAGCAAUUAGUCCUUGUCAGCUGCUGUUAAAAAGCACUCCUUAUUCCAAGAGUUCUGUUGCUGCUGCCAAAAUCACUUUGCUUUUCAAUUUCACUCAAAGGGGCCUGUUCAUGGGUUUCCUUUAGCCACUAAUUACUUGUCUUAAUGAAUCAAUCUCCUUUCUCUUUCCUUUGUGUAGUAGCCAGAUCGAGCUUGUUCAUUGCAUGGCCUGUCUGUCAGACCUGCUGAGUUCUGUAACGCUGGCAUGCCAGAAUACAAUGUAUUUCAGCAUCAUCCCCUGGAGGAAAGGCAGCCUUUGGUCCAACCCUGCACCCGCAUCUCAGGCUCUACAUGACCAGUGGGGACUUCUUCCUGCUCUUCCUGGAACUGUGCAGCAAUGCAGAAGCUCAGCUAUUACAACCCCGCACGGGAGAGACUGACUUAAUCUACAGAGUGUUUCCAAAGGCCUCGUGUGCAAUCCUGGCUUGUUUCUUUAGUGAUGAUUUGUACACUGGGAUCAUUGCAAUUCAUUUAACAUGUGGUUGCAGAUGUUUGCAUUUUGAAAUGGAGGAAAGACUUUAAAUAUAGCGAUGCUUGCUAUGGC